AUGACUACUGAAGCAGCCCCAGCCCUGGGCCUCGAGGGCCAACUCCACGAGGAGUAUAUCGACUACUCGGAGGACGAUUCGGCAGCUCCUGCUGUCGUCGUAGAAGGCUCUAACAUCACCUCAUUUCCUGCCAACGCCCAUCCUGUCACCGAUGAAGUGGAGUACACUGGAACGAGCGCAUUAGAGCCAGACAACCAGACCAUCGGCCAACAGGUCGAUGCGGAGAUCGAUGCUAUUUCUAUCGCCGCCGAUGCCUCACUACAGCCAGGCGACCUAGACCCCACUAAUGAGCUUCAAGUGGAUGGCGUUGAUUCUAUUAGCGCGAUAGAAGCUGAAGACUCUUACGUGAACGAAGAUGAAUCUCUUGCCUACGCCGAUGUUGCCGAGCCUGAAGAUGGGUUGGCCGCCGAGAAUGAGAUUAGUUGGGAAGACGGCCCGGCAAACGAGGAAGACGCAGCUCAGAACGAGGAAAAUGAGCACGAAGACAACGAGGUCGAGGACGGUCAAGACGAAAACAGCCAGGAUGAGAGCCACAUCACUCUUGAGAAAGAUGAAUGGCAACUAGUGAAAGAGAAGGAAGGCCUGCCACGAGGCGGCUUGAGCCCUGCGAACAGUGCUGAGGAACAAGAAACGGAAGCCCACGAAGUCGAUCAAGAGCUUGCGGACUCUUCAAACGAUGCAAACAACUUGGACGCAAAUCUUGACGUAUUUGACGUGGCCGAUGUUGAUGCUGGCGUAGAUGAACAACAAGUUGCUGAAGCCGACAAUACGGAAGUCAAUGACCUGCACGAGAUAGACUUCAACGACGGCGGCAACAUAGCAACAGUCGAUGCUACAGUGGGUACCAGUGAUACGCGUUCAGAGCAUACUCCAGAAUACCAAAAGAUCGAUGGCGAUUUCCCGACGAAACAGGAUGCUGAAGAUCAUCCCAUGGGCGUAGAUACGGAAUCGCAGCCCGAGGAUGAGCUUGAGAGCAUCAUGGGCGUUGCCGACGCUGACCAGGCCAAUGAUGAGGAGAAUCAUGAUGAUGUCGUCAACGCCGACGACUAUGACGCAGUUGCUGAAGACUUGUCUGUUCCCGAGCACGUGGAAUUCGAUGACGAAGUUCUUGCCGACGUGCGAUCGUCCGUAUCGGCUGAGACGCCGACUCACGAAGAGAUGGAAAUCCCCGUUAUCACUGUCUCGUACAAGGGCAUCGACUAUCCAUUCUUCUAUGGGUCCCCAGACAGCCAAGGCAAGGAGUGUUUCUUCAAUGAUCUGACUCUAUUGCACUGCAAAAUGGAGGGUGUAUUGGCAGGCUUCCGUCGAGAGCUUGCCAAUGAGUUGGGCCCUUUUGACGAACUUGUGUUCCAAAUCGACGAGCUUGGCCUUGAGUUCACUGAAUCCAGCCAAGCAGAAGUCUUCUCGGACAUCACGUUGGGCCAGAUAAUUUCCGUGUUUGACUCACUGGUCAAAAACCAGAAUGCCGAUGCAUCCAAGCCCCUCUACGCCUACUUGACAACGCGGCCGAACUGCAAGAAGCGCUGGCUUUCGCUCGUUGACGAUGCCUACAAUGGCAAAGGACUCGAUGAAAUUAGCUACUAUUUCGCAUCUCGCGCACAGAGCGAGGUACUCGAGAUCAUGGAUGAUGAGCCUGACCUGAUAGGGGAAGAAGAUAACGCCGAUGCUGCCUCUUGGCCGCAGUCUCCCGCCGUGAGUGGACAUGGUGAGCACAAUUUGGACGAGGCUGAAGGCGAAAAUGAGGAGAUCAACGAAGAUGACGAUGUCGGCGAUGGCAUUACCGGAGAAGACGAUAUCCAGUCGCAAAACGCACUUGAGGAGAACCCCUUGCAGCAAGACGAGAGCGCUAUCUCGAUGCCGGAUGCUGAGGCUACCAUGCUUGAUACCGAAGCUUCUCUGAUGGACGAAACCACCGCAGUUGCAGACCUGAGCGUUGUUGAAGACAGCGGUGACGUGGAAGAUGCAACGGAGGAUCAGCAGCCCCAAGAGAAUGGGGAGGCAGGUAAAGACGACCUUUCUCAAGUCACUCAAUGCUUCUUCCCUAAUUUCUGUCUCUGCGCCACUUGCACUUCGACCUUUGUCGCAGACCAAAUGGCGGAGGAAGACGACUUUCGAUUCGAGACCUUGGUGCGAGUGGCCAAGGAGUCUGCUCGACAGCGAGGGCGCUCUCUCUCUAGCAAUUCGCAUUUGGCGCUUCCCAAGAGACUCCUCUCGCGAAGAACGUCCCGCCAUUUGCAUUCUUGUUCAGAUUCCAGCAUUACAUUUUCUUCGACUGCAGACGCUGACGCUAGAACCCAAGCUCCAGAGAUUGAUGAAUCUAACCCACUCGCCUCGGAAAUGCAAGACGCAGCUGUUCUCGGCACUGCUAUUGACGCACAGAACACGUUUGACGACGAAGAAGCAGCAAUCAUCGCAGACGAGAUCGUCGAAAACGCCAAUGAGAGCUUCGCAGAAAAGGUAACCCCCGAUACCAGUGCCACGUCUACCUUGAACGGCGACGAAGAGGUCACCUACGAGAACGAGCUUGAUCUCAACGCCGACCUACCUGAAGCCGAGGUUGUUGAAGCCGAGGUUGUCGACGAAGAUGAUGGGCUAGCGGAGAUUGACUGGAGAGAAUUCUCCGGGCAAGGGGAUGACGAGAUUGCCGUAGAGUCCCCUUCAGCUUCUGGCAAACGCCAGAGGUCGGAUGUGGACGACCUGCUGGAUGCUGAAGCUCAACAAGACGUCAAGCGUCGUCGCCCAUGA